ACGUCACUGGUCGAUGAAAAUAAAAUGGCCGUCGAGUCGAUCGCCGUAAAUAUGUUGAGUUAUUUAUCAAAUCGUUCGUUUUUAUCGUUACUACAAUGCGUACAUUGUCAGAAAUGAGUAUUAAAAAAGUGUACUUUAAUAAAGACUUUGUGUGUGUCUCAUUAGUGUCGUGAAUUAUGUAAGAACGAAGAGAAAUAGUCGUUUGUUGUAUCUAUCGGGCAGCUAUACAAAUGCAUGAAAAUGGGACUCUCUCAUUUGUUGUUGUUUAUAGCGCUAAUCCGUUUGAUAUGUUUUUCAAUAAAAGCGGAAAGCAUCGAAUGCCCACACAAAUGUGAUUGCCUGGAGCAGUACGUUGAUUGUUCUAAGAAGAAUUUCGUAUCUGUGCCAAAAAUUCCUAAGUGGGUGGAACAAUUGGAUCUCAGUUACAAUAGAUUGAAUGAAAACGUAACGGAAGCUUUCGACAAACUACUCAAUUUACAAGAACUUAAAUUGGACAAGAACAACUUCAAUUUUAUACCAAACCUGCUACAUCAUGAACAAAUACAGGAAUUGAGCUUGAAUAGAAACAAUAUUGGAUCAAUAGACCCUGGAUACGGUCAACCUGGUUACGGCGGAGUACCAGCAGGCUACGGGCAGCCUGGUUACGGUGCACCAGCUGGUUAUGGCCAGCCCGGACAAGGCGGUCCACCGGCUGGAUAUGGCCAGCCCGGGGCGCCUCCACAAGGACUGGAAAUGGGGCAUGGGCCAUAUCCAUCAAUUGGAUCGGGAGGCGGAGUCAACCCUCAAGUACAACAAUGGUUUCGUGCAGUUGACAAAGACCAGUCUGGAUUUAUUACUGCGGCUGAACUCAAGGCUGCAUUAGUCAAUGCACAAGGGCAAACCUUUUCUGAAACUGCUUGCAAUUUGAUGUUGGGCAUGUUUGACAAGGAUCGAACUGGGCACAUAAAUGUCGAAGAAUUUGAAAAGCUCUACACUUACAUUAAUCAAUGGCUUGCCGUAUUCAAAACAUACGAUACUGAUCAAUCGGGUAAUAUUGAGGAGAAAGAGCUUACUAACGCAUUGGCCCAGAUGGGUUUCAGAUUCACUCCGGACUUCAUCAGCUUCUUAGUAAAAAGAAGCGACCCCAAGGAAGGCAAAGUUUCAGUAGACAGCUUCAUUGUGUUGUGUGUACAAAUUCAACGUUUUACUGAAGCUUUUAGAGCACGCGACACCCAGCAAAAUGGGACAGUUACGAUUGGAUUUGAAGAUUUCCUCAAUGUAGCGCUAAGUUGCUCUAUCUGAAAAACCAACGCCUGCACGGAGUUCGGCAAUUCUUCAAUUCUGUUCCUUAAAUGGAAGAGAAAAGCAUUUUAUAUAUUCCACCUUUAUUUUUAAUUUGCCACUAUCUCAUAAAUAUAUCUUUAAGUACAAAUAACUCGAUUAUUAGAAAAUGAAUGUUUUCGUGCGCUCGUGGCUUCAUUUAUAAAAAUCGCAUGACAUAAACUAGGUUUAAAAAUAUUAAAAGCUUAUCGCAAUCUAUGUGUGUUGCUACUGCAGUGGCAUCAAAAGCGCAAUCUGAGAUAUUUGCAAUCACAAAAACAUUUCACAAUAUCAGAGAUAAGCUUUAGUUUUGCAAAAAUAUAAAGUCAUCAAACCAA